GUACGAAGUUGCUCUGAAUGAGUUUCAGAGGGCUUCGUACCUUAUCUUGCAGGUGACGGAUCCGCUUGGUACGUAGUGGGUUCUUGUCUCCGGCGAUGAACCUAUUCCAGAGCAGUCUGGUGAUUAGCCUUGAUUGCAAUAUUCGAAGCCUUUGUAAACGUCGGGUUUUCUCGUAGUGAAGAUUGCUUCCAGUGAUUCUUUUGCUUUUGGGAGGAGUACUCGGAGAUUUUCAUCGACAAAGGUGAGGAGCUAUUGGUAUUGGGCACUGCCUAAUCGGAGGUCAAGGAAGAGAGUCUUAUUCCACUUGAGGCGAUGUUAGAGGGGACUAUCUUGGGCGAGAAAAUGGAGAAGCUACUUCGUAAUGAGCUCGAUCUAUACUUCAAUAGGCCCUUCCCGAGCUAUGCAUGAUGAUCAAGAGAGGCUUGUGCGUAGAGUCUUCAUUGCAUGCACUUGAUAGGACGGAGCUUUCUUAUGCUCUAACACUUGGUUACGUGAGUUGGGGCGUUACAUUUUGGUAUCAGAGAAUGUGGUUUUAAAAACGAUUUUAGGCCUAAUAAAAAAUUACUUUAAAAAAAAGAAGAAAAAGGGCAUUCACUGCUUCGCGACGUCACUGCUCCAGAAGAAUGGAUCCUUUCAUUAACCACGAUGCGAUCAUGCAUCGGAAGAGGAAAGUGUGUUCCCACCUCAACAAAUCGCGAAUCAGGAAACGAAUCAGAACGACCCACACUAAGAGACUUGGUGAAUACCACCAAGCGUCGCUGCGACAAGUUCGUGAAGGGCAUGCGCUCGAAACUUCAAAAGCACAUGACUACUGCAUCUAGGCAAAAAUUUGGCCUCAUGUACGAGCAAGACAAAGAGGUUGUUAAAACGAAGAAAGGACUGAAACCAGACACGGAACAGAAGCCAGUCAAGACGUCCACCCAAGCAGUUAGCACUAUCGUUAUCAUCUACUCCACUGGCACUAAGACCACCGGAACCUGCGCUCCUUUGUCUUCGUUGAUAUUCUCCUUGAUCAUGUUUGAUUCAUUUAUUUCGUUUGAACCGUUUAUCAAUCGAGGAAUGACGAAUAACAAAAUGGUCCUGGAGGCAGCGAGGGAGAUUUAUUAUUUAAUGUUGCAUUUGAAUUAAUUAUAUUUUAAGGCUAAGAAAUCAAAUUUGUAUUUUGAAUUAAGUACUUCAAAGCUUCCAGACCAUUUUUGUUAACUCCAAUGGAUAAUUAAAUAUUGUUUUGAAUGAAAUGUUUUAAAUUACUUUGGAAAUUAUUGUGUUUGAUGCCAACUUAGUAGCAAACCGGUUUGCUAACUCGCUAGUUCUGGUUACGCGAGUUAGGGUGUUACACGAAACCUACCAAUGGUCACCACAAUCAUCAUCUUUCUUCUUCAAUUCUCUGUCGCACGAGAAAACUAGACCGGACAGACUUAAGGAACUCACCGGAAACUUCGUCAGAGGUUAUCAUAGCCAAUUGAGUUUUGCCUCCAAUUAAUCAAUGAGCUUAGCUGCUGAACUACAUACCGU